AUGCCUCCCCGCGGCCAAACUGCCUACUUUCUGUUCAGCGAGGAGCACCGGGCAGCUGCCAAGGCGGACCUGGCGGCCCAGGAUGGCGCGAAGGCAGGGGUGGCGCAGGUGGCCAAGCUGGUUGGGGCCAAAUGGGCGGCGCUCAGCGAUGAGGAGAAGCAGCAAUACAAGGAUCGGGCAGCUGCGAAGACCCGGCAGAUGAAAGAAGAGGCGGCGGCAGCAGCGGCAGCGCAGGGACAGCAGCAGCAGAGCCCUGGUGGCGAGGGAGCAGCAGCAGGCGAGGAGCCGGCACCAGCUGCGGUUGGAGGGGGCGGCGCCGCGCCGCCACCCUUUGGCUUCCCCACCGGUGUCGUCAAGCGUAUCAUGAUGGUGGAUGACGAGGUGCAGCGUGUGAGCGCGGACGCGGUGCGGGCCAUCGCCAAGGCCACCGAGCUCUUUGUGCAGCAGCUGGCGGCGCGGGCGCUGCAGCACGCGCAGGCGGGCAAGCGCAAGAACUUCAAAGAGCCGGAUGUGGCGCACGUGGCAGGCAGGGACAGGCGGCUGGUGGACAUGGGGCUGCGGGAGGUGCUGGAGCAGCAUGGCGCGACGUCAGGGGGCGGCGGGGAGGAGGGUGAGAACGCGGCGGCACAAAAGCAGCGCAACGCCAAGCGGCAGAUGCAGGAGGAGGCGGCAGCAGGCACGCGGCAGAUCACCGCCUUCUUCAAUUUGGAAGCCACGUGAGGUGCCCAGGCGUGUAAAAAAACAGGAGGC